CAAUGUUUUGUGCUCCGCAGCUCGUAGUUGUGUGUUUUCUUCGUCCGCUACCUUUAUAAAGCCGUAGCUGCUGCGCUUGCUUGUUACUUCAUGUAGAUACCGGUUUUCUAUUUUCCCUAGUUCUGCGCCCGCUAUCGUUGCUCAGGCCCUCCGAGACUGUCGACAUGGCAUCGACAAGCGACUCGAAGGAUAUGCCUGUCACCGGGAGCGACCCAAACGACGGAUAUUGGGGCGACACACACGAAGAUGGCCCCGUCGACGAGCGAGAGGCAAGGCAUGAGUUCGACGAGCUCCAGCGAGAGCUGACGAGACGGAGUACGACUCGACCGGAAAGCAGAAGGAAAUCGACGAGAGGGCACGAGGGCCCAACUAAGCACGCCCAUGGCCGGGGAGCAGACGAAACCGACGUCGAGAAGGGGCAAGGUGCUGGAGUCGAUGAUGAAGCAGAAAGCUCCAGGACACUCAGGGACGAUGAUUUCCAUCUCGAGCGCUUCAUGCGCGACGGGCAUCUUGAAAAGCGCGAUCCCAGUACCGGCGAGUCGACCAAGAAGGUCGGCGUCGUCUUCAAGAACCUCACGGUGAAAGGCGUUGGGAGCAGUGUAGCCACCGUUCGAACCCUUCCCCAAGCCAUCGCAGGAACCUUUGGUCCCGACCUCGCCCGGUUUCUGUCGACUUGGGUUCCCCUGUUCCGGAUGGCGGACAACAGCCCGACCCGAGACCUGAUUCGCGACUUCACCGGCGUGAUACGACCGGGAGAGAUGAUGUUGGUCCUGGGUCGACCUGGCGCCGGCUGCAGCACGUUUCUCCGAGCCAUCGCCAACAAUCGCGCCUCGUUCCUGUCCGUCGACGGCGAGGUGUUGUAUGGCGGAAUCCCCGCCGGCAAGAUGGACAAGAGGUUCCGCGGCGAGGUCGUGUACAAUGCCGAGGACGACCGUCAUCUCCCUGCCCUCACUGUCGGCCAGACGCUCGACUUUGCCCUCUCAACCAAAACGAAGAAACGCGAUCGCGGCAACGUGGACCUGAUUGUCAACUCGUUCCUCAAGAUGUUCGCGAUGCCGCACACCAAGAACACACAGGUUGGAGACGAAUACACCCGCGGCGUAUCGGGAGGCGAGCGUAAGCGCGUCAGCAUUGCCGAGACACUGGCGACGAAGAGCACCGUGACUUGCUGGGAUAACUCGACCCGUGGCCUGGACGCAUCCACGGCCCUUGACUACGCCAAGUCGCUUCGCAUCAUGACCGAUGUGUCGGAUCGCACGACCCUGACGACGCUAUAUCAGGCGGGUGAAGGAAUCUACGACCUCAUGGACAAGGUUCUUGUUAUCGAGGAUGGGCGCAUGCUUUACCAAGGACCUGCCAACAAGGCCAAGCAGUAUUUCGUCGACCUGGGCUUCUUCUGCCCUUCGCGACAAACCACGGCCGACUUCUUGACCUCAGUCUGCGACGUCAACGCCCGCAUGUUCCGGGAUGGCUACGAGGCCAAGUGCCCCAAGACGCCCGAGGAACUCGAAAAGGCCUUCCGACAGAGCGCCGCCUACCAAGCGGUGUUGGACGAUGUCCAGGACUAUGAGCAGCAUCUCAGCCAUACGGGCCACGCCGAUGCACAGACGUUCCGCGACUCGGUUCACGACUCCAAGUCCAGGACUGUGAUGAACGGAUCGAAUUACACCGUCUCCUUCUGGAAACAAGUUCUUCAGUGCACCCGACGCGAGUUUUGGCUCAUUUGGGGCGACAAGACGUCGCUCUACACCAAGUUCUUCAUCAUCAUCAGCAACGGUCUCAUCGUAGGCUCCCUGUUCUACAAUACCCCGACCAACACCCAAGGCGCCUUCUUGCGCGGUGGCGUGGCAUUCUUCUCUAUCCUGUUCCUUGGGUGGCUGCAAUUGUCUGAACUGGCCAAGGCUGUUGCGGGGCGUUCAGUCAUCCUACGACAUAAGGAGUUUGCCUUUUACCGACCCUCGGCCGUCAACUUGGCCCGUGUGCUGGCAGACUUUCCUAUGCUUCUCGCCCAAGUUAUCAUUUUUGGUAUCAUCAUGUACUUCAUGACGAACCUUGAUCUUGAAGCGGGCAAGUUCUUCAUCUACAUGCUGUUCGUCUACGUCAUCACCAUCUGUGUCACGGCUCUGUACCGUAUGUUUGCGGCGUUGUCGCCGACCAUGGACGACGCCAUCCGCUUCUCGGGCAUUGCUCUCAAUUUGCUGAUUGUCUACACUGGAUAUACUAUUGCGAAGCCGAUCUUGCUCGACCAAAAGAUUUGGUUUGGUUGGCUCUACUACAUUAAUCCGAUCAGCUACGCCUUUGAGGCGGUCUUGACAAACGAAUUCUCGGGUCGCGACAUGCAGUGCGCCCCCAAUCAGCUUGUGCCUCAGAUCCCUGGCAUUGAUCCCCAAUAUCAAGGAUGUGCCAUUGCCGGGUCGCAGCCUGGAAACCCAACGGUACCGGGCGCGCGAUAUAUCAGCGAGCAGUUCAACUACAGCCGGUCGAACUUGUGGCGGAACUUUGGCGUUGUCAUUGCAUUCACGGUUCUAUACAUCCUCAUCACGGUUGGCGCUAGUGAGAUGUUGUCGUUUGCCAGCUCAGGGGCUGGCGCGCUCGUCUUCAAGUCUUCCAACAAAAAGACCAAGUCGCGCGCCGGCAAGGCCGACGUGGAGGAAGCCGGCCGUCGAGCUUCGGAUGCCGCCAUGGAACGCCAGCGAACGCAAGACGAAGUAUUGGAGCAGCUUACGAGGAGCGAGCAGGUCUUCACCUGGGAGAACCUCAACUACACCGUCCCGACGGCGCAGGGCCCCAAGAAGCUGCUCAACGACGUCCAUGGUUACGCCAAGCCCGGUGUUCUCGUUGCCUUGAUGGGAGCGAGUGGCGCGGGCAAAACGACGCUCCUCAACACCUUGUCGCAGCGACAGUCGGUUGGUGUUGUGCAGGGCGAGAUGCUGGUCGACGGCAAGGGGCUACAGCCUGAUUUCCAGCGAAGAACUGGCUUCGUCGAGCAAAUGGACCUGCACGAGGGCAGCGCAACCGUGCGUGAAGCCCUCGAGUUCUCCGCGCUCCUCAGGCAAGGCCGCGAGGUGCCUCGAGAGGAGAAGCUAGAGUAUGUGGACAAGGUCAUUGACCUUCUUGAGCUUGGUGACAUCGCCGACGCCAUUGUCGGGUCUUUGGGAGUGGAGCCGAAGAAGAGACUGACGAUAGGCGUGGAACUUGCCGCGAAGCCGUCCCUUCUGCUGUUCCUUGACGAGCCGACGAGCGGCCUCGACUCACAGUCCGCUUACUCGAUUGUGCGAUUCUUGCGGAAGCUUUGCGCGGCCGGCCAAGCGAUUAUCUGCACCAUCCAUCAACCAUCAUCCGAACUCAUUGAGCUCUUCGAUCACAUCUUGGCGCUUAACCCCGGCGGCAACACAUUCUACUUCGGACCCGUGGGGCAGAAUGGUCGCGCAGUCGUCGACUACUUUGCGGCCCGAGGCGCAAACUGUCCCGAGGGCAAGAACGUCGCCGAGUUCCUCAUCGAGACGUCUGCCUCGGCGCGGGAGCACUGGAACGAGCAGUGGCGUAUUUCGGACGAGAACAAGGCCCUCCAUCAGGAGAUCCAGCGCAUCAAGGCAGAGCGAAGCGUGGUGCCUGAAAACAAGGACAUCCUCCAGCACGAGUUUGCCGCUCCGGUGUCUCAGCAGAUUCUGCUGCUGACCAAACGCAUGUUCCUCAACCAGUGGAGGGCCCCGAGUUACAUCUACGGCAAGCUGUUUACAGCCGUCAUCGUCGGCAUCUUCAACGGCUUCACCUUUUGGAAGCUUGGCGAUACCGUCAACGACAUGCAGAGCCGCAUGUUCACGUCGUUCCUCAUCUUGCUCAUCCCGCCGACGGUCCUCAACGCCAUCUUGCCCAAGUUCUACAUGGACAGAGCGAUCUGGGAAGCCAGAGAGGGGCCGAGUCGUCUGUACGGCUGGGUUGCUUUCUGUACUGCGUCUAUUGUCGCGGAGAUCCCUGGCUCACUCAUCGCGGGUGUGCUGUACUGGGUCCUCUGGUACUGGCCGACUGGCCUCCCGACCGACUCGUCAACCUCUGGUUACGUGUUCCUGAUGACGAUGCUCUUCUUCCUGUUCCAGUCCAGCUGGGGCCAGUGGAUCUGCGCAUUCGCCCCGAGCUUUACGGUCAUCAGCAACGUCUUGCCCUUCUUCCUGGUCAUGUUUUCGCUGUUCAACGGCGUCGUUGUUCCAUAUGCGCAGCUGAAUGUGUUUUGGAAAUACUGGCUGUACUACAUCAACCCCAGCACGUACUGGAUCAGUGGCGUCCUGGCAGCCACGCUUCCGCGGCAGGUGGUCCGGUGCGCGCAGAACGAAGCCGCGCACUUUAACAUUCCCUCCGGCCAGACGUGCAUGGAGUUCGCUCGAAGUUUCGUUGAGAAGGCUGGCGCCGGCUACCUGGUCGACCCGGACGCCACGGGAUCCUGCAGCUACUGCCCCUAUGCCAACGGCACGGAGUAUCUGGACGCACUGAGCAUCAAGACCAGCGAGAAGUGGCGCGACUUUGGCAUCUUCCUUGCUUUCUGUGUGUCGAACUGGGCUUUGGUGUACUUUUUCAUCUACACAGUCCGCGUUCGGAAGUGGUCAUUUGGCUUUGGGCUACUUUUCAAGUACAUUUAAUUUAGACGGCAUGUACGAAGUACAUAUUGUCAGCGGCAUUUGCGUACCAUGUCAGAGGACAGUAUACUUUGGGUUGUCCACAGACUCCUGCCCAUGCAUGCUUGUGAUGGGAGAAGCGAACAAGCAGAGUACAUACAUACAUAAUAGAGCAAUCAAUAGACAAUCAACGUACAAAG